AUGGUAAACACCCCAUCUAGGAGCGAGCUCACGGCUCCCUUUCGAUCGAAGGAAGCUUUUGUCAACUUUGUCAAGACAUCUGAAACGGCAGAUGGUCAGACUCGAGUCGGUAAUGAGCGAUGGUCUAAUAAAGAUCUUGAACCUACGCCACCAGAGCAUCGUAACUGGACAUGGUACAAUUUGCCGCUGUACUGGUUCUCCAACCAGUUUAGUCUAACGGGAUGGAACACUGGCUCAUCGCUCAUUGCUGUUGGUUUGACCUGGCAGCAGUCAUUCGUCUCGUGUGUUCUAGGUGCAUUGCUCGCAUCUCUGGUUGUUAUCUGCAUGGCCAGGCCCGGUGUCCAGUACCAUAUUGGUUUUCCUGUGCUCGCUCGAUCCAGCAUGGGAAUGUACGGCGCAUACUUCUUCAUCUUCAUCCGAGCCAUCGUCUGCAUCGUUUGGUACGGUAUCCAGACCUUCUACGGCGGAUCGAUCCUUUCAGUCCUUCUGGCUUUCUUCCUCGUUUGGCUCAUGCAGUUCCCAUUCAUGUGGGUUCAUCCAAGAAACAUCCACUACGUCUUCACAGUGAAAGGCUUCACCAUGCCCAUCGCCGCAUUCGCCAUCUUCGGAUGGUGCAUGGCCAACGGUGGUGGUUUGAACGGCAUGAACAUGGCGUCCAAAGAAGCUGAGGCAGCUGCUUCCACGACUCCUCUUGGCUGGAGUAUCAUGUCUGGCAUCAACGUCAUCAUGGGUGGAUUAUCGCCCAUGUUGGUUAAUCAGCCUGAUCUAGCGAGAUAUUGCCAAAAGACUCGUGAUGCAGGUCCUCUCCAGGGCGUUAGCGUCUUUGUGUCAUCUGUCAUUGUCUUUUUCCUUGGUCUUGCGUCGACGGCAUCUAUGCAGACUGUUUAUGGGGAGGCGUACUGGAAUAUUUGGGAUUUGCUUGACUCUAUCCUUGACCAUCAUUGGAAUGCGGGCGCUCGUGCGGGAGUCUUCUUCCUGGCGCUGGCAUUCCUGUUGGGUGUCUUUGCGACCAACUUUGGCGCAAACUCGAUUCCUUUUGGGUCUGAUAUGACUGGUCUCUUCCCGCGAUGGCUCACCAUCCGAAGAGGGCAGAUUGUCUGUGCUAUUCUGGGAAUUUGCGUUGUUCCUUGGAAGCUUAUGGCGAAUGCUCAAGCUUUCUUGUCGUUCCUGGGUAGUUACAACAUCUUUAUGGCGCCUCUGUGCGCUGUCAUUAUUGUUGACUACGUCUACGUCCGGAAAGGCAACAUCCACGUCCCAUCAUGCUACGACGGAAGCAAGCAUGGUCUCUACCACUUCUGGUCUGGCGUCAACUGGGUUGGCUGUCUUGCCUGGAUCGGAGGAACUACCAUGGGCCUGCCCGGUCUCGUUGGACAGUACCAGACUCAUCUUCUUUCCGAUGCUUCACGCUAUAUGUACAUGAUGGGUUGGCUUCUGACGUUCGUUACUGCCGGAGUUGUAUAUACUAUUGGUGUUCAAUUUGUCAACAUUCGUGUCUUCCCUGCUGGUCGUGCAACGGUCAAGUCUUGGGAGUGGCUGGCUAAGGAUGGCAGAGAAGGUUUCUAUGAAGACGAGAGAGAGGGACAAGUCAUCUAUGCUCAGGCAUCACCUUCUGCGGAUAAGACUGAGGGCGAGGUGAAUGCAAAGGCAGAUGAUUCGUCGCUGAUUGUCACUAUGCUGGUACAGCCCUACCAACUCUCGGCAACUGAUGUCGCUGCCAAGAUCCGAGAUGGCCAGCUCUCAGUUGAGGAGUAUGCGCAGUCACUCCUGGCACGUAUCAAAGAGCGAGAUCCAGUUGUGAAAGCGUGGGCUUAUAUCAAUUCUGAUCAAGUACUUCAAGAAGCUCGGAAACUAGAUGCUGUCCCCAAGGAAGACCGAGGACCUUUGCAUGGUGUUGCGAUUGCGGUCAAGGAUGUCAUCUACACGAAGGAUGAUGCUCCCCAAGUCGACGCAGCUAGCAUCAUCAUCCUCCGCAAAGCCGGUGCGCUCAUCCUAGGCAAGACGACCACCACCGAAUUCGCAGCCACUACCCAAGGACCUCAAACAACAAACCCUCACGAUAGUUCUCGUACACCUGGAGGUUCAUCAUCAGGAUCUGGGGCAGUUGUAGCAGACUUCCAAGUUCCCCUCAGUCUUGGAACACAGACCGGAGGAAGCACCAUCCGCCCAGCCUCUUUCAACGGUAUCUAUGGAUUCAAACCAACAUGGAACUCAAUCUCAAGGGAAGGGCAGAAAGUAUUCUCGCUUAUUCUUGAUACAUUGGGCAUUUACGCUCGGACCGUGGAGGAUCUGAACUUACUCGCUGAUGUAUUUGCCUUGCAAGACGACGAGCCACCUAACCAAGAAUACUCUAUCAAAAAAGGAAAAUUCGCCAUCUGCAAAACAAUGGUUUGGCCCCAAGCUGGCCCCGGUCUAGUCAAAGCAGCGGAUAAGGCCGUUGAACUCCUCCGAUCAAGCGGUGCUACGGUAGAAGAGAUUGAGUUUCCCGGACAUCUGCAAGAUCUACCAAAAUGGCACUCCAUCGUCUUCAACACUGAUGGACGAACAGCCUUUCUACCAGAGUAUAGGGUUGACAAGACCCAGAUUGCAGACCAGCUGGUUGGACACGUUGAGAACCGCCUCAAGAUCUCUAAAGCUGCGCAGGUUAAAGCUUUUGAUGACAUUGCAGCGGCAAGACCUGUCGUUGAUGACAUGUUGGCGGGUUAUGAUGCUGUGUUGGUUCCGAGUGUGCCGGAUGAGGCACCCAAGGGCAUUGAGGCUACUGGAAGUGCUGCAUUCAAUCUGAUAUGGACGGCGCUGCAUACUCCUGUCAUCAACAUUCCGGGGUUCGCUGGUGAGAACGGAAUGCCGAUUGGCUUGUCCCUCGUUGCACCUAGGUAUCACGACAGAAAGCUCCUGGUAGUGAGUGAAGCUGUAGGAAGGCUCUUCGAGACAUCAGGAGGAUGGAAAUCACAGAUAGUCUAG